GCGACCGAAUGCUGCGCUUGCGGCGUCAAGGUGUGACGGGGGGCGCCAGCGCACGGCCAGAUUCCGCGAGUCAGUCGCGAGCGACGCGCGCGCACGCAGCGACACACGAUACGAACGACUCUCGCGACCAUUCCUGCAAUACAUGGCAAUUUUUGACGUUAUUAUGUGAUAAAAAACUUUGCAAUUAUUCUAUUUAAAACAAAUAUUUAAUCGUAAUUUAAGAAUCUCCUAGUUUUUAGUUUUACGUUCUAAAAUCAGUGGGACCAAUAUGACGAUAAAAAAUAAAAAGACUAAUAAACAAACGAAGUCGGAAUCGACUUCGUCUAUUACUAGUGCAUCUACAAGUAGUGUUCAGAAAAGUAGCACUACGAAGACGGUGCAGCAGACCAGCAAUACCUUGCAGAAAGCCAGCUCGACGGGUAAAAAAGUUCGCUAUAUUGAGGUAAAGGUCGAGGAGGAUGAUCCAUUAAUGAUAACCGAUGUCACAGAUCACUCUAUAAGCGGCUCUACUAUAUCAGAAUGUUAUAAUAGUCAUCCCCAUUAUAUAAUAACGGAAGCACCUUCUAUACCUGAUCUCUCACAAACCAGACAUGAGCACCAUGUUAGUGACAUGGCGCAGUCAACUACUGGUGAGUUUGUAUCCAGCUCUGUUUUACAAGAGUCUUCCACGUCUCACCAACAGAGCUCAAAAAGUGAAACUCAUCAAUCUUCUACGUCUAUUCAACAUUCUGACUCAAGUCACAGUCAGUCAAUUGACAGAUCUAUCGACUCUUCGGCUGGCGGACAGACCUUGAACACGGCUUUUAUUGAAUCGUCAUCAAAUACACACCCGACGUUAUUAACAAGGUCGCAAGGUGCCAAUGCAACUGAUUCGUUUCUUCAAUCUGAACGCCAAGAGUUAUUAAAUCAAAGUUCCCAAAAAUCAAAUACCAUAACAUCUGAAACUAUGAGUCAAACAAACCAUUCUAAUAAUCAAAAACGUACUGCUUACAUUAAUUCGCCGCAACCGACAAAAAGAGUUCAAUCAAUUAAUUCAGACACUUCAAAGUUCUAUGGAGGAGAAGGCAGCUUGGAUAAAAAUGUCAAAACAAAAGAAUAUACUAGUACAUCUCAGACGAAUGAGACUAAAAGUAGUAGUGUUGCAAAAUCUUCAUCGUCUUCGUAUGUAGUUGAGAUAGUUGAUGGUAAAGAACGUAUUAUAGACAGUUCAAGCAGAGAAUGGGGUGAUGUACAAGAAAAGGCUUCCUCAGAAGCAUACGCCAGUGUCAGUGGUACAGGUAUUAAGCCUCAAUCUAUAUACAGUUCUCAAGGUUAUGAUAUGCAAGCUAAUUACGAUACGGGGAAAGGUGGUCAGAAACCAACAAGUGGAAUGACAGUGAAGGAACAAUCUAAGCUUAUCAAGGAUGGAAAAGAAGUUUCUACUCAUGAAAAUGUUAUCACAGAGAAAGACAACUAUAAACAACAACAGAUUUCAUCAAAUAAAGACCAUCAUUCUAUUCAAGACCAACAACGUUUUACUACUACCACAAACGACACGUACAGUUCCAAUACUGUUAACAGAACGGACAAAAAUGUAAAUGAAAUCAAAAGCAAUAAACAAAUAGUUUCUGAUCGAAGAUUGGGCACAAACAACACUGAUUCAUCUAACUUCUAUGGUUAUGAUGCUACUAUACAGAAUCAACUAAAAAAGGUUGGUGAAGUUCUUCAAGUCAAUGACACACAAAACAUUGAUUUUUCAACAAAAAUUUUGAAAAGUAAUACUAGCAGUGCUCAACAGGCGUCUAGUUCAUCAUACGUAUUUGAAGUAGUCGAUGGUAAAGAAGUAGUAGUCGACAGUUCUCAUAGAGAAUGGGGAGAUAGCAAAGAACAUGCUACUUAUGAAAAAGCUCAUAAUGUGCAUGGGACGAAUCGAAAGCCUGAAAGUGAAUACUCUAGGCAUGUUCUUGACAAAGAAUCUCAUUAUGAUACUGGCAAAGAUGGCAUUCCAAAAAGUUCUUCUAAAUUUUCUGAAGAAUCCGUUUUGUACAAAAAUGGACAAGAAGUGGCAGCUACUAGUAAUGUUUAUGUUGGUGAUUUCACAAAGAAAAAAGCUAUCACUGAGCAUAGAAAAGAUACAGAGGAUGUUCUAAACAGACGUAUUCAAGAUACAUCUGACACAAACGUUGAUUCUACAACAUACGAAACAACCUCAACCGAUUUCCAAUCUCAUUCCAAGGAGACUAACGUAAAUAAAGUUAACGAUUUCUUAACAACUGAGAAAGAGAAAUUAGAGCAGCAAAAUUUAACAAAAGAAAGUUCGUCUACUUCGACAUCGCAAACAAAAGACACUAGAACUACAUAUGAGAGAAGUACAGGAACGUGGAAUGGGAAAUUUGUGUAUGAAAAAGAUGAUGAUAGACCUAGAAAGCCAAAAGAAACUUCCCCUUUUGGACGACCAGAGCAGCCAAGACAUCACUUAAAACGUCAAGAUACUGAAGAAAAUAUCAUUUUGUCUUCUAGAGAUAUUAAAGAUUUCACUUCCAUCAGUGAUUUACGUAAAAUUAUUGAAUCUUCCCAGUAUAAGAAAGAUGUGACGGUAAGCAAUAAAAACAUAGUCAUCAAUAGGAAUAUUGACGAUCGUGUUCUGAAGGAAAUAAUUGAAACUGUGAAGAAAUAUCCAUUUAAACGAAUUAGUAAGGUAACGUAUGGGACUAAAAUUAACGAAGAUGUUAAAGAUCUUUACGAGGGAAUCGACACCGAAGAAACAACUGUCGUGAAUACGAUUACCGGUGAUACAACCAGAAAAUCAUUUGAAGUUGAGAAAAAUAUUAGUCAAAUCGAGGUCACUCGAUACAUCACAGAAAAUGGAAUAACUAGGAAGAUAACGACGUAUGAGGAUGCUAAAGAAGAUGAUAAAGUUAGAACUAACGUCUUCGUCGACAAAAGUGCGGUAGACUUCGAGAAAUUGCGAGAUGUCCAAACAACUGAAGACGUGAUUCGAGAGUACGACGUGGUUGACAGAGCCAUUACUGACACCAGGAGAGAGGACACCACCGUCAGCACCGUCUACGAUGAAACCAUCGACAGAAAGACAGUGCGUGACGACAGGACCAUCAUUGAGAAAAGCGUCGUUGUUGAUGAGACCAGACCUAAACAUGGCGGCCCCAAGAAACCGGAGCAUAUCCCUAAGGAGCAGUGCAUAUGCGAAAUGUGCACUUGUGGGCGUCACCGUUGCCCACACAACGAUGUCCCGGAGCCAUUGUUCGAUGUGGAGCACACGACAAGCGUGGUCUCCGCAUACAAACAGGACUACGACGAGAAACACGUCACUCGCACCACCGCGGUACAUCAUGAGGAUCACCUUCAUCUGGAGGGCGACUUCCAGGAACCGGAACGCCCAAAGUGGCAGCCGGCUGAGAGACCUAAACAAAGGAAGCCCGAAGAUAAUCUCAAACCAGAAGGUGAAUUUGAGAAAAGACGGCCAGACGAAUGGCAUCCAGGUGAAAGGGCUCCAGUGAAGAGACCAGAAGAUAACCUUAAACCUGAGGGUGAUUUCGAAAAGAGACGUCCAGAAGAAUGGCGUCCAGGUGAAAGGGCUCCAGUUAAGCGACCCCAAGAUAAUCUUAAGCCUGAAGGUGAUUUUGAAAAACGUAGACCUGAAGAGUGGCGUCCUGGAGAUAGGGAACCUGUACGCCGUCCUAAUGACAACUUACGACCGGAAGGAGAGUUCGCUACACCAGAAAAAGAACCUUGGCGUCCAGCUGAACGCCAAAAGCCUAAAAAACCAGAAGAUAAUUUAAAACCAGAGGGCGAUUUCGAUAGGCCAACGAAGUCUAUGUGGACUCCAGGAAAUAGACCUGAUCAAGUCAAACCAAAAGAUAAUUUACAUCCAGAUGGUGAAUUUGAAGAUAGACCUAAGACACAAUGGCAACCUGGCGAUACGCCAAAGCAAGUACGGCCAAAAGACAAUUUAAAACCCGAAGGGAAAUUUGAGCGUCCUACUUCUCAGAAAUGGGGCCCUGGCGAAAAGACAAGCCCUAUAAAACCUAAAGACAAUAUCUACACCAAUGGCCAUAUAAUGAAACAAGAUACUGUUGAUAAUCAAUCAAAUGAAAUAUCUAAAAAAUCUAAAGAUACUUCUGUUUUAAGACGUGAUGACGAAACUCGUGAUUUUCAAACAGAACAUAUAAAACAAAGUAGUACUCAUAGUACAGAAAAACAUUCAAUGUCAAAGCAUUCGCAAUCUGGGACUUAUGUUAAACAUACACAUUAUGACCAUACUGAUCAUUCUGGAUCUUCAGAAAAUAUGCCACGUGAAACUCCACAAACAAGUGUUGUAAAAACUCGAAAUACUAAAGAUGGCGUAACAUCACAAAACGUUAUUGAUAAAAACACUAUUCAUAAAACUGAUUCUAGAAAUAUUAAAGAUAUAUCUACUAAACACAUAUCGACGUCCACUACUAAAGUAAUAAAACAGGUAACAGAAAAGAAGUUGAUAGCUGGUAAAUGGGUUAAUGUGACACGUAAUAUCGAAUCUCAUGUUACUUCUGGUGGCGAUAGUGGAAGUUCUGAUACAGUGAAGUCCAAAAAUAUUGUGGAAACCACUUCUAGGCCAGGUUUUCCUAGGUGCGAAGGAAGUAGUCAGAGGAUACUUAAUACUGAAAAUCAGUCAACAUCAUCAAUGAUAAUUCAAGAUUCGUCAUCCAACCAUCAUCAGCGCCAAGUUACAUCUGAAAGUUACGUACAAAAAAGUUCGUCAAAUAUGUCAAAGGAAGGUCAAAUUCAAAAAAGAGUGAUCGAAUCGACUACAACGGAUAAUCGAGUUAAAGGCCAAGACAUUGGAAACCAAAAAGUAGUUUCUAGAAAUUAUCCUUCAGAUAGCCAAGUCACUCGUACUACUAGCGCAUCAUCACAAGUAACUCGAGGUAGUCAAUCUGAACAAAAUAUCACUCAAUCAACUCGUCAUUCCACUUCUGCAUCAAGAAUUAUAGACAAUAGCACCCAACGCACUUCAGAUUCUACAACUCAAGGCAUACAUUCACAACACUUGAGCUCUGGUGGCACCAAUAACCAAAGAAGUUCAACUAUUACACAUGUUUCUGGAGGACAUCAAGUGGAUACAAAUACUUCUGUGUCAUCGCACACUCAGUCUCACAGUGUGAACAGAAAUCAGAUAGGCGAUAGUGUAACAAAAACUAGCAUCGAGUUUCAGAGAGCUAUGCAUGGUGGUGGUGAAACAAAUACCAUUGACAAUUCAACUCGAAGUGGAUAUCAUAAACGUACAUCUGAUCUUGUGUGCGAUGCUAAUUCCGCUAACGCCGUUCUUCAUCGUAAGGGAGUAUCAUCGGCAACAGAAGCACAUCACACAAUCAGUUCAACCGCAGCUGCUCAAAGGAAGAGUAUUGGUAAUCUUGCAGAACGAGGUGAAUACAUUAGUAAUUCUACUCACAGUUCAGAUAGAAAGAGUAUUAGUUCUAUGCACCGUUCUGCUCGAGACAAUAUGGCAGUAAUUUCACAAUAUUCUGAUACUACGGAUUCGCGACGAAGUGUUAAGAGAGAUGGACAGUCCACGUUGGUCGUUGAACGUCAGCCAAGAGUAACAAUAAGAGAUAAUCUGCAAGUAGGCGGGGACUUUUAUGGCCAGUCGGAGGCACGUUCUUAUGGAAGCUUUUCUAAAUCUGAACAUGGACAGCGAGCAGAGCGUUCCGAACGUGUGGAAAAAGUAGAGCGGGUAACUCGACAACAUGGCUCAACAUCUCAGUUCGUACUAGGCGACGGCAGCACAAGCUAUAAACGCGAGUUUACAUCACAUGUGCACGGUGUAUGUCCAGCUACUUUGAUAGAGACACCGCGUACGCCGUACAAACAUACGCGCGAUACUCGCGAACAUAAAUUUUAUGCCACGAAAGUUACUCAAAAAUGAAAAUGCCCAUUACUGAUAAUUUUAUUCUGAAUAAUUAUAUAGUACAGCUUGCUAAAGUUAAUCUUUUUUUGUCAUAUACGUAUUACCAUGAGGGCGAGCUAAUAAUCCUAGUCUUAAUACGAUUAACAUGCCUGCUAUUAUAAAAUGCAUAUUUUUAUUGUUAUUUUAACAAUUUUUUAUUUUAUUAUAAUUUUUCU